ACCUCAUCUCCCAGCUCCAAGACACAGCCAGAGCCAGCUAAAAGACACAGCCCUGUAACAGCAGACCAGCAUGGAUUACCUGAAGAAGGGAUUCUCCAUGGCCAAGGAAGGCGCGGUGGCUGCAGCGGAGAAGACCAAGGCAGGGGUGGAGGGGGCAGCUGCCAAAACCAAGGAGGGGGUAAUGUAUGUGGGGAACAAGACAAAGGACGGAAUGGUAGCAGGUGUGAACACAGUGGCCCAGAGAACAACUGACCAAGCCAAUAUUGUCGGGGACGCAACGGUCGCCGGGGCCAACGAGCUGUCUCAGCAAACAGUGGAAGGGAUGGAGAACGCAGCGGUGAACUCCGGAUUGGUGAACCAGGAACAGGGAGAAGCUGUAGCUCUGGACGCUAAGCCUGAGGUGGCUGGUUCUGGUUCUGAAGGGAGUGACUUCUCUCAGGGAGCUGAGCAGGCAGGACAGUAG